AUGUGGAACAUGUGGGCUGCGGCCAACGUGCAAACCGACAGCGGCAGAAAGCGCACUUCCCAACAGGGAAGACAGAGAAGGCCUAUCAGCUGCUGGGCGGUCCCUGGAAGAGAUACCAGGAGUUGUACAGUAAUGCUGUGCCCUCCGCUACCCCAGACUGUCCAUACGGUGGUGUUCGGGGCAUAUUACAUUCGCCAUCUGAUCGAGUCCAAGAAUCAAGAUGUUGUGGACAAACUCAAGGGAGGUCUCCUGGACACAUUCAUCAAGGUGGCAGUGAGCUGCAAGGUGCAGCCACCCAUCUAUGUGAUCAAGGAGGCGAGGGCACUGCUGACUCGAGUGACACACGAUGAGUUCCGCAGCCAGCUGUUGCCCGCAAUCCAGAAGGCGAUGCUGCGGAACCCGGAGAUCAUUCCUGCCCUGCCUCGGCCACAUCCUGGCGGGCCUGUCCCCCUCGACCUGAGUCAGUACGCCCUGGACAUCGCCAAAACCAUUACCGUGAACCUCUACGCCAAGGAUGACGCGGCGAGGGAACAAGCGUGCCAGGCCUGCCGCAGUCUGGCGGCGCAGUGCAGCGAUGCAGUCAGCGCUGGAGGCCUCUCUCAACCAUCUGUUUGAGGUCUUCCACGGCUCAGCUGGCAAACUGACCGUGGCCACCCACAAGAUGAGUGUGU